GUAGCCACCGUCUGGCCACUCUAGCACAUCACCUCGUGUUCACUCGCAAACAAAGAAAAAGUGCAUUUUAAUUACUGAUUACUGCAUUGCGAUUAGGCAGUGGCGAACAAUUGCGUACUUGGCGGAGCAACAAAUUGCAGGGCACGCGUGGGCAGAGCAGUUAUCGCAGCGAGCGUGUGUUUGAGAGCGGCACAAGUGCGUGUUGGUGCGUGUCUCCCGUGCCCGUACGGGUGUGCGUGUGUGUGUAUUUGUAUUGCUUUUGCCAUUAACUAAUAAACAAUAACCUUCGGGGCCACGAAAGCUGCCCCGCGCCUGUUCCGUUCUGUUCUAUUCCGACCCGCGGCGAGCGAGGAGCGGAGACUAAAAUAAAACGCUUCCGCAAGCGCCGUGCCUCGCGAGGUGGAGCGCCAGCCAGCCAGCCAUCGAGCAACCAGCACCAGACUAGGGCACUUCCACAGGCCAGAUCGCACAAAUGGCGGACGUGAGUGAUCCCAGCGAGCUGUUCGACCUGGAGCUGCACGAGGACGACAAGGCCAGGGACUCUGACGACGACAGGAUCGAGCUGGACGACGUUGACCUAGAACCGGAAUUGUGUAUUAAUCUGCACCAGGAUGCCGAGGGACAGGAGACAAUACAGCUCUCCGAGGAGAAUGUCAAUCCGGGCAAAAUCAAGCUGGGUCCUAAGGACUUUGAACUCAAGAAGGUUCUUGGCAAAGGUGGCUAUGGCAAAGUAUUUCAGGUGCGCAUGACCGCUGGACGAGAUGCCAACAAAUACUUUGCGAUGAAGGUGCUCAAGAAGGCAUCAAUAGUGACCAAUCAAAAGGACACAGCGCACACACGCGCCGAGCGCAAUAUUCUAGAGGCAGUCAAGCAUCCUUUCAUAGUGGAGCUGGUCUACGCCUUCCAGACGGACGGAAAAUUAUAUCUUAUCCUUGAAUAUCUAAGCGGCGGCGAGCUGUUCAUGCAUUUGGAGCGCGAGGGCAUCUUUCUCGAGGAUACCACUUGCUUCUAUUUGAGCGAAAUCAUUUUGGCCCUGGGCCAUCUACACAAACUGGGCAUCAUCUAUCGCGACUUGAAGCCCGAGAACAUUCUUCUGGACGCCCAGGGACACGUGAAGCUCACCGACUUUGGUCUGUGCAAGGAGCACAUACAAGAGGGUAUUGUCACCCACACCUUCUGCGGCACAAUUGAGUACAUGGCACCUGAGAUCCUGACCAGAAGUGGCCAUGGCAAAGCAGUGGAUUGGUGGUCACUGGGCGCUCUCAUGUUCGACAUGCUUACGGGAGUGCCACCCUUCACCGCCGAGAAUCGAAAGAAGACCAUCGAGACCAUUCUGAAAGCCAAGCUCAAUUUGCCAGCCUACCUCACACCCGAAGCCAGGGAUCUGGUGCGUCGCCUGAUGAAGCGCCAGGAACCCCAGCGCCUGGGCAGCGGUCCCGAGGAUGCGGCGGCUGUUCAAAUACAUCCAUUCUUCAAGCACGUCAACUGGGACGAUGUCCUGGCUAGACGCCUCGAGCCUCCAAUUAAACCGCUUUUGCGGAGCGAGGACGAUGUCUCACAAUUCGAUACGAGAUUUACAAGACAAAUACCAGUGGAUUCACCGGAUGAUACAACGCUGAGCGAAAGUGCCAAUUUAAUUUUCCAAGGUUUCACCUACGUUGCGCCCUCGAUACUGGAGGACAUGCACCGGGCCAAUCGGAUGCCCGCGCGCUCCCCCCGACGCACACCACGCCAGCUGCCGGACAGCAGCUUCCGGCUACAGUUCCCAUCCGCCAAUGCGGGCCCCAAUGCCUCAAUGGCCAUGCAUGGCCAUCCGCAGCGCUCCGGAAUGUUCGCCAGGGCCACGCCACCGCACCACAUGCAAACGUUUGCGCCGCGACCAUCGCCGGCGCAGGACGAGAUGAUGGAUGUCCAGCAGGGACUGCCGAUGGUCUAAGAAGGGCGGCUGGCGCUGGUGCGGUCGCUUCCCAUCCAAGCAUCCAUCCAUCCAACCCAUCCAACGCAUCCCACCAACACCGCCCCCGUUCCCCGACAGAGAAAUUGACAGUUACUAUUAUGACGUAUAUGAUGUGUGUGGAGUGUGGAGGACUUGGCCAAGGAUUCGGAAUGAACAGGAGCAGGAGGAG